AUGCACCUUUUCAGUACUUUCCUAUUGGUCAAUUGCGCUGUUUUCGUUGCGCAAGCAUGCAUUCCAUCACAGAUGAGAAAGAUGGAGCCAGGACCACCAGGACCGGAUGGACCUGAUGGAGAAGAGGGACCUGAAGGGCCGAGGGGAAUAAAAGGUCCUCGAGGACCACUUGGACCACUUGGAGAAGGUCCAGAGGGACCACAAGGUAUCGAAGGACCAAUGGGAACAAAAGGACCAGCGGGUGCCGCUGGUAGGUAG